AGAUUUGAAGUUUAAAUGAGGAUAAUAAUUUAAAGUAUUUAAUUAAUAUUUUGGUUUAUAAGAGAUUUUAGAUUCAAACCUGGUAUAUGCAUCUUGUUUGUAUAGUACGGAGUUGAUUAUAACAAUUCAAACAUAUAAGUUGAACCGCAUUUUUGGUGUGAAACUUUUGUACUUGUUGAUUACUAAACGCGUCCUAAUCACUGAUGGUAAACCUAUAACAAAAGUGUAUGAGAAAUGUUCAAUGGAUGGUGAUCUAAUACUAGAUGCUAACAUGGUUUAUUAUAAUUUUCCAAGACCCACAAUCAUGUGAAUUAUUAAAGUCUUGUAAUCAUAUAUAAUGCGUGUAAGGUCACAAAAAAUACGGUAUAUACUUUUAUUUAAAACUAUAUUAAGUAUCAACAUCAAUCGAAAAAAUGAUUUCCCUUUGAAAAUACUACAAAAUGUUAUCAUCAAGUUGAUUCUAAAUAAUGCUAUCAUUAUUCUUCUGUUAUUAUUAUUGUAAUAUACGAAAACGACUCGUAAGUGGGUUGCUUACGGAAAACACAGACAUACGAAUGUGACGCAGAUGUAACUGCAAAUGUAUAUUUUUUUUGUUUACGAUGCCCCACUCUUUCUUUAUUUUUGCUUCUUUACCUUUUUAAAAUGAACGCACAUAAUUUUAUUAUUACGCUUUUACCAAGUUUUUUAAGAUAGUUGUUAGAAACUUCAAACUAGUAAGUUACAAAAAAAAAGAAACUUUAAACUAGUACAAUAUUACUUAAACCGUUUUUAAUUUCCAUUACAUAGUUUUUUUUAAUGAAAAUCAAGUAAAUAGAAAGAUGAAAACAACUAACAUUCUCUAAAGAACACUUUUGAAUUUACUCCAAAGCCCAUACUAAACCAUGUGAUAUGUAUAUUUUAGAUGGAUUCAAGUCGAUCGAGGCCUAAGUAAAAGAUGGCUAGUGAGAAAGCUCAUGAGAUUGUAUAAAUCUUUUAACAAAACUUGCAUGGUUUCUUAAUAACAUUUGUACUUUUGAAUGAUUUUGAACGGGCCGAUCAUAUACAAUGGCUGAAUAUCUGACUCAGAUUACAUGAAAGAUUUGGUAAUUUUGAUUUGGAAAGAUAAUAACUUGAUAUUCUUAGUGAUUUAACGUAAAUCAUUUACAAUAAACACAUCUUAUUAGAAUUUGUGGCUUCUAAAAACCAGUAUUGCCAUUUGGUAACUUCGAAAUUUAAUACAAUGUAUCACUUAUUUUCAUUCUUCUUUGUAUAGAUAUAAUCUCAGGACAAUAUAAUAGAAAGUGCACCCCCGAAAAAGUUCAUUAUAUUUAAGUUUAAAAUUAAUUGUUUCCUAUAGAUUUAAAUAUAUAUCCUCGUCACUCAUCUCCCUCGACGAUUUACGUGUGUACAUCGACCUCUCUCAAUCUCUUUUCGCUGCAAGCCUUACGAGAUCAAGCAUGGACGAACAAUACGAGGUUAUUGUUCUCGGAACCGGUCUCAAGGAGUGCAUCCUCAGCGGUCUCCUUUCUGUCGAUGGUGUCAAGGUGCUUCACAUGGACAGGAAUGAUUACUAUGGUGGAGAAUCAACAUCUCUUUACCUCAAUCAGCUUUGGAAGAAGUUCAGAGGAGAAGAGAAGGCUCCUGAGCAUUUAGGUGCAAGCAGGGACUACAACGUUGACAUGAUGCCUAAGUUUAUGAUGGGAAAUGGCAAGCUUGUUCGUACACUUAUUCACACAGAUGUUACAAAGUAUUUGUCGUUUAAAGCCGUUGAUGGAAGCUAUGUUUUCGUUAAAGGGAAGGUUCAAAAGGUGCCAGUGACUCCUAUGGAGGCCAUGAAAUCUAAUCUCAUGGGCAUAUUUGAGAAACGUCGAGCUGGCAAGUUUUUCGGUUAUGUUCAGGAUUACGACGAGAAGGAUCCCAAAACACACAACGGAAUGGAUUUGACCAAACUUACAACUAAGGAACUGAUUGCGAAAUUUGGUCUUGAUGACAACACUAUUGACUUUAUCGGUCACGCGAUUGCACUUCACACCAAUGACCAACAUCUCCAUCAACCUGCCUUGGAUACUGUCAUGAGAAUGAAGCUCUAUGCGGAAUCUCUUGCCCGUUUCCAAGGAAGCUCUCCAUAUAUUUAUCCUCUCUAUGGGUUGGGAGAACUACCUCAGGCAUUUGCACGGCUUAGUGCUGUCUAUGGUGGCACAUAUAUGUUGAACAAACCUGAUUGCACGGUAGAGUUUGACGAGGAAGGUAAGGUUACUGGUGUAACAUCUGAGGGAGAGACCGCCAAAUGCAAAAAGGUUGUGUGUGACCCUUCUUACCUGCCCAACAAGGUUAACAAGAUCGGCAGAGUUGCUAGGGCCAUCGCAAUUAUGAGCCACCCUAUUCCAAACACCAAUGACUCUCACUCAGUACAGGUCAUCAUACCCCAGAAGCAGUUGGCCCGCCAGUCAGACAUGUAUGUCUUCUGUUGUUCAUACUCCCACAACGUGGCUCCCAAGGGAAAGUUCAUCGCAUUUGUGUCGACAGAUGCAGAGACUGAUAACCCUCAAACCGAACUAAAGGCUGGGAUUGAUCUUUUGGGUCCUGUUGAUGAGAUAUUCUUCGACAUGUAUGAUAGAUACGAGCCUGUCAACGAGCCCGCUUCGGACAACUGCUUUAUAUCAACGAGCUAUGAUGCUACAACACACUUCGAGACAACGGUUGCUGAUGUGUUGAACAUGUAUACCUUAAUCACCGGAAAGCAACUAGACCUAAGUGUUGAUCUGAGUGCAGCGAGUGCUGCAGAGGAGUGAGGAACCUGUGAUCACACUCUCUGGUUGUUGUUUCCUUCUUUUUCAUUUCUUUUCGUUGGUUUCAAUACAUAAUCAGAUCGAUGCUCAUUUUUUUUAUGUUGAAUGUUUGGUUAAGACUUAUAAAAUCUCUUUAAAACCUUAACUU